GAACAUUUUAUGUUAUAACUUGGUAAGAUAAACAUUUAGUUUGUCGAAAUAUGGCAGCGCAGACUACAGUUUUAAACAAUGGUGUAAAGAUUCCCGUACUCGGACUUGGUACCUGGCAGGCAGACGAUGAUCCAAAGAUUGUCGAGCAAGCUGUGCAUGAUGCUAUUGAUGCUGGAUAUCGACAUUUCGAUUGUGCUUACAUUUAUCAGAAUGAAAAGGAAAUUGGCAAAGUCCUACGUGAGAAGAUCGCGAAAGGAAUCGUGAAAAGAGAAGAUCUCUUCAUUACUACUAAGUUGUGGAACACAUUCCAUAAACGAGACAAUGUAGUGCCGGCUUGCCGAAGAUCUGUGGAGAACUUUGGACUCGGCUACGUGGAUCUCUAUCUGAUACACUGGCCCAUAUCUUAUGCGGAAAAUGCCGACGGAAUAAUACCGAUUGACGAAAAUGGCGAUCCAAUGUUCGGACACGAGGAUUUCCUUGACACUUGGCGCGGUAUGGAGGAGUGCGUGAAAUUGGGUUUAACGAGGAGUAUUGGUCUCAGCAAUUUUAACUCCGAACAAAUCGACCGCGUGUUAUCGAUUGCUCAAAUAAAACCUGUAAUGAAUCAGGUGGAAUGCCAUCCGAAUUUGAAUCAGAGAAAAUUGAGAGACUUUUGUGCGAAUCAUGACAUAGCUAUCACAGCUUAUAGCCCGUUUGGUUCGCCUAAUUGGCCUUGGGCUAAACCUGGCGAUCCGAAAGUUGUCCUUGAUGCACCUGAAAUUGUAAAUAUUGGCGCUAAAUACGGCAAAACCCCCGCACAAGUUAUUCUGAGAUACUUGGUUGACAUUGAUACUAUACCAAUCCCAAAAUCCAGUUCAAAGAAGCGUAUCGAACAGAAUAUUAACAUCUUUGAUUUUAAAUUAACUCCGGAAGAAAUUGCCAUAAUUGACAAAUUCGAUUGUGGCGGACGUGUAGUGCAAUUUGAACAAUAUAAAACACACAAGGAUUAUCCUUUCCACUUGGAAUUUUAACUGAAAGCGUCUAACUAGCAACGUUUUAAAAAGUUCCUAGACAAUCAAUAUUAUUGCACAAUAUUUGAUCAUCUGAAGACUGUAUAGAGUUUCCAGACUGUUGUUUUAAAUUAUUUAAAU